CGAGGUUGAGCAACUGUGUGUUUGUGACACUAUAUUCAUGCAGUAAAAUGGCAGAAGCCAGAAUUUUUCACGAUGAGUUCUUGUGUCCAGUUUGUCAGGAUCUCCUGAAGGAUCCAGUGACCAUCCAGUGUGGACACAGUUACUGUAAGAGCUGUAUUACAGACUGCUGGGAUCAGGAGGAUCAGAAGAGAGUCUACAGCUGUCCUCAGUGCAGACAGACCUUCAGUCCAAGACCUGAUUUAGCUACGAACACCAUGCUGGCUGAAGUGGUGGAGAAAGUGAAGAAUAGGAAACGUCCUGCUGACUGUUACGCUGGAGCUGGAGAUGUUCAGUGUGACGUCUGUACUGGAAGAAAAUACAAAGCCGUCAAAUCCUGUCUGAUGUGUCUGAACUCUUACUGUCAGAAUCACCUUGAACAACACGAGAGUUGGUUUAAAGGAAAGAGACACAAUUUGACUGAUGCCACUGGACAACUGCAGGAGAUGAUCUGCCAGAAACACAAGAAGAUCCUUGAGGUUUUCUGUCACACUGACCAAAAACUCAUAUGUAUGCUGUGUACGAUUGAUGGACAUAAAAACCACAACAUUGUAUCAGCUGUAGAACAGAGCACAGAGAAACAGCACCAGCUGAAGGAGACACAGAAUACGCUCCAGCAGAGAAUCCAGCAGAGAGAGAAAGAUCUCCAGCAGCUGAGAGAGACUGUGGAGUCUCAUAAGCGCUCUGCACAGACAGCAGUGGAGGACAGUGAGAAGAUCUUUACUGAGCUCAUCCGCUCUGUUAUGAGAGGCCAUUCUGAGCUGAUACGACUGAUCAGAGAUCAGGAAAAGACUGCAGUGAGUCGAGCUGAAGAACGACUGGAACGACUGGAGCAGGAGAUCAAUGAUCUGAGGAGGAGAGACGCUGAGCUGGAGCAGCUUUCACACACACAGGAUCACAUCCAGUUCCUGCAGAGUCUCCAGUCUCUCUCAGCACCUCCUGAAUCUAUAGACGGAAAUGAUGAUCUCUUCAAUUCUCUCUUCUCUUCUGAUGAUCUGAGAGAAUCUGUCCAUCAACUGAGAGACAAACUGGAGAAUUUCUGCAAAGAGCAGCUCAAGAAGAUCUCAGACAGAGUCACAAUCACCAACAUUGUUCCCAGAACCAGGAACGACUUCCUACAAUAUUUCCAUAAGCUCACUUUGGACCUGAACACAAUGAAUCAAUGGCUCCGUCUGUCUGAAAGAAAAAGAGCGAUUAUUCAAACAAAAAAAAAGCAACCGUAUCCUGAUCAUCCAGACAGAUUUGAUCACUGGUAUCAGGUGUUGUGUAGAGAGAGUGUGUGUGGACGCUGUUACUGGGAGCUGGAGUGGACUGGGACUCGUGUCUUUAUAUCAGUGUCAUAUAAGAGCAUCAGCAGGAAGGGACGGGGUGAUGAGUGUGGAUUUGGAUCUAAUGAUCAGUCCUGGAGUUUGAUCUGCUUUCCCUCCAGUUUCUCAUUCAGACACAAUAACAUAGAGACUGUUCUCCCUGUGAUUCCCAUCAGCAGUAGAAUAGGAGUGUUUGUGGAUCACAGAGCAGGAACUCUGUCCUUCUACAGCGUCUCUGACACAAUGACCCUCAUCCACACAGUCCAGACCACAUUCACUCAGCCGCUCUACCCUGGGUUUAAUGUUGUUAGGAGACAAUCAUCAGUGAAACUGUGUUGAUGAAUCAGAAUAGACUGACUAGAGAUUCUGGUGAAUCAGUAACAGUGAGAUAUUAUAGAGUCUCUUCUUUUCUCUUCAUGAUAUUAAUACUGCAGCUGAACUUCUGUGAGUAAAAUAACAUCAGAAUAAAUGUAUGCAAUACAUAUAGACAGUAA